AUGGAGUGUAAUAUUUCAGAUGUACAAGGGGUGGAUCACCAACAACAUAUUUUGAAGGGAACCUUGGCAAGGGACAAAAGUCAUUUGCAUGAUGGGCACAAGCUGAACAUCGAAGAAGGUGUUGAAGACAACAAGAAGGGAGGCCUUCAGUCAGGGGAAACAUAUGAAACUGAAGAUAAAUACAGUCCUGAGCUUCAGUCAGUGGGCGUGAAGAACGUGGCGUGCGAUGUGCAUACUUCUCCUACUAAGCUUGGCAAACCAUUGGGAGCAACUGGAAUCGUUAGAGGAAGUGCAAAGGGAAGACGAAAAGGAAAAGGAAAAGGAAAAAUGCGCGAAAGUGGAGUUCAAGCCACUGAGGUCGGGGAUAUGCAAUUGUGCAUCGAUAGCAAAACAAAUAGUGGAGUUGACGACAUCAGUUCACCUGUGGAUGUUGAUGGUGUGGACAACGUGAACAAGGACUCGUUGACGAUGUUGGACAGCGAAGGGUUGUUAUCGGCGGAGGAACAAAAACUUCUUCACUAUGUAUUUGACGAUAGCAAAAAUGAAAUGGACAUUGUUGUUUCCAUGAAUCUUCAUGGACGGGCAUGUGAAGUUGGCACCCGGCGUGACAUGCGCUCGCUCAAACCAGGGUCGUGGCUAUCCGACACUGUUCAAACUAUGCACGACUUGCUGCAACUACACUUUCAAAAUGAUUAUGUUACAGAACAGCGGUAG